CAUACAAUUAAAUAGAUUCUCUCCUUUUUCAGCUCUCUCUAAAUUUUUUAUUUCACAAAUUCGGCUGGUCAUUUUCCCAGUUUUCAUCAUCAUCAUCCAAUCAAAACACACACACACACACACACACACACUUCAUCAUAUAAACUAAUUUCUAACAAUAAAUCAGAGCUAACUAUCAUUUCCACCUGUAUAUCAAUCAUGAGUUUAUCAAUUGUUCAAGGGUUUACCAAGUCUCUAGCCAUGACUGUGCUCUCUGAAAUCGGCGAUAAGACGUUUUUUGCUGCUGCGAUUUUGGCUAUGCGUCACCCGAGACGAUAUGUUUUGGCGGGCUGCCUUUCUGCUUUGAUUGUUAUGACUAUUCUGUCCGCUGUAGUUGGCUGGGCUGCUCCAAACCUGAUCUCGCGAACAUUGACUAAGCAUAUUGCCACUGUAUUGUUUUUGGGAUUUGGAGUAUGGUCUUUAUGGGAUGCAUUUCACGAAGGGGAGUCAGAAGAAUUAGCUGAAGUUGAAGCUGAAUUGGAUGCCGAUUUAAAGGCAACUAGAGCCAACAACAAGGCUGAUGAUGAUUCUAAAAAGAAGAACAGGCCAUUAUUUUCCCAAUUUUUCUCUCCCAUCUUUCUGAAGGCAUUCUCUAUAACUUUCUUUGGCGAGUGGGGUGACAAAAGCCAGAUAGCUACCAUUGGUUUGGCUGCAGCUGAGAAUCCGUUGGGUGUUGUUCUUGGGGGAAUUUUAGGGCAAGCUUUAUGUCAGACCGCUGCUGUCUUUGGAGGGAAGAGCUUGGCAACACAAAUAUCUGAAAAAUUUAUUGCACUAUCUGGUGGAAUUCUAUUCAUCGUUUUUGGAAUCCAGUCAUUCUUUGCAACAAUUGAAUCAUGAUUCAUGGUACACUCGCAAUGAUGAUAGGAAAUGGGGUGUCUCCGUUGAAGUCUUGAACGAGACACAUAGAGACAUACCAGUAAGUGUCAUUGUGUAAAUCUGAAAGAAUUGUUAAAGAAAAACAGGGCUACAAUGCAAUCCAAAACUACAUUGUGAUUUAUGCAAUAUUAAUGACAUCAGUAUGGUGGGGAUUAACUUUA